GUGUGUAUGCGCGUGUGUGUAUACAUCAGGCUCUAGACAUUCACUUAGAACUCAGAACUCCUCGGGAGCUCACGGGCGAAGUAUCUCUCCUCAAAAGACUGCUCAGCCUGGAGGAAACUGGGUCGUGUUCUGGCUGCUCACGUUUUGUAGGAUCUACUGGUGCUGUGUUUGGCGAUCUCUUCUUCACCCUCCUAAAGUGAUGGUGUUUCGUGAUAUAAACCUAUUAAUGUAAAAAAAAAAAAAAAAGUGUUACUGUGAUUUUUUUUCUUCAUCUCUCGACCUGACGAGGAGCAACAAGUCGAUAUUUUUUUUUCUCCCAACCUAAAAGUUUUGGAGGAUCACAGAUACUGUAGCUUACAUGCGAUUUCGCGUUAUCAAACCAGACCAGCACAAUAUUAUACGUCUUUCGCACCGGGGGGCUCUGGCUGUUGCUAUUGAGUUUACUUUGAUGAAAAUGUGAUGCGUUGAAGGAAGGUGUUAACAUAAUACUACAACAGUAGGCGAAAAGAUGUCGUCUUCUGUGGACACGAUGUACCAACCCAACCAGUUGAUGAACUGGAUGUACUUGGCGUUCUCAGACCAGCCUUUACACCAGCAUCCUGGACACAUCAGCCCUUCUAUACACACACGGAAUAACAACAACAGCAACGGCAGCAGCAGCACCAGCAGCAGAAGCAGCAGUAGCAACAGCAACAAUAGCAGCAGCAGCAACAGCAAUGCAAGCAGCAGCAGGUCCAACAAUGCCAUCAGCAAAGGCAGCAAUAUCGAUUUCUGGACGGGCGAUUUCUCCGACCUCGAGCAGCGUAACCUCAACCAAUACCUCUACGGCGACCAGAUAGCGUCCUUUGCUGCAGCACCUGCUGGAAACGUCUGCUCGUCUGCAACACAGGCGGGAAAGAAUCUGAAUGGGGUUAACAACGGAACCCUCUACGGACUGACCAAUAGCAAUGUCCACACGCUGUCAAACGGAAUGUUGACCAAGGGAGACAUACAGGGCCUAACGAAUGCUUAUAUGACCAAGAGCAGUCUCCACGGCGCACCGUCUAUCUCAGGAAGAAAUGUCCAGUCUCCCCUCUCACCGGCCCAAGCCAUCAACAACUUCCCCGCUGCUUGUCUGCAGAGCCAGAAUGUCUUCAGUGAGCCCUGGGACAGCCCCCAUCAAGGAUACAACAGCCUGAACUCGGCCCGCCCCAAAGGUGAAGGACUGACCCCCUAUCAGGGCAAGAAGCGUUGCUUUGGUGAGUACAAGUGCCCAAAGUGUAAGCGCAAGUGGAUGAGCGGCAACAGCUGGGCCAACAUGGGCCAGGAGUGCAUCAAGUGUCACAUCCUCGUCUACCCGCACAAACAGAGACCCCUGGAGAAGCCAGAUGGGCUGGAUGUGUCUGACCAGAGCAAAGUCCACCCCCAGCAUCUGUGUGAGAAGUGUAAGAUGUUGGGCUACUACUGCCGCAGAAUGAACUGAGAGUCUUACCGCAAGCUGCUCCCGUCAUAUUACAAUGUAUUGUUAUGUUUUAUACACACCUUGCUUUGCUAAGUGAGCCUACUUUUUCACUCUUGCACAAUGCAGAAAAAAAGAACCCAUUGUUGAGAGAGUUUGCUUUUAUUUCAUUGUUAUUCUGUGUCUUUAUACAGCGUCGAAGGCUAUGUUGCUAAUUGAGUCUACUUAAUUUUCGUUUUGUUGGACCUUAUGACAAAAUGUUUGUACUCAUUUCGGUUUAUAAGGCAGAGAUAACAUGUUGUUUCAGUCAUGCAAAAUUGAAUACAGCAAAUAUAUAUGGCUGAAUGAGAAAACUUUUUUUAAAAGGUCACACAAAGUCUAAUACAGCAAACACUGCAAAACAGGUUAUGCAAAUGCAUCUAUGUUGUAUUCAGUCACUGUGAAACAAGUGUAUUUUUUAUCCUGCAAAGAGGGUAGGUACCUUUUAUAGUCUUCGUGCUUAUGACUGUCCUCCUGUGCAUUUGAAAAUUGAAGACCAGAUAAAAUGCAAAAAUACAAAGUGCACUGGAAUUGCAAUCAUUGCAACGCACAAAUUAACUAUGCAUGUUAAAGACUAGUUCCAGUGGUGAGAACUUGUUUUUGAAAUCAAAAAGUUGAAAAAAGUUUUGAUAGCCACAGUGACAUCAAAAUUAAAUCUUUCGGUACAUCAUAUGUUUUUCAAAGGGUUAACUUUCUUUUCAGUCUUCCUUACAUGAUUAAUUUCGUAACUCCGAGACUUAAAGGUGACUUUUUGAGUAUUAGAAUGAACGCAAAAUCAUUGUAAGAUCUAAAGUGAGAGUGCAGGCUCAUUGUAGUGGCUUUUGCUUGCAUGCAGUACUCCAUGCGCUUUUGUUAUUUUGCUAUGAAGAAGAAAUGUAUUGGACCAUAAUGUUGUUUGAUCUAGACAAUAAUAUAUUCCAUGUAUUCAGGUUUGUUGCCCCGUUGUGUUGAACCCAUUCGUUUCUAUGAGAGUGUCUAUUUGCCAUAUUUUAUGUUCCCGAAUUUGAGGUACUUGUAUUUAGAAUGCUUGACAUUCUAUUUGUUGCCCGUGUGUAGUUAUCUGUGAAUUAGUCACGGAACUUCCUUGUCCACAAAGAGAAACAAUAUUCUCCUGUACGGAUUUGUCAUACAAUGUUCUUGAAUUGUUUGUGUGCUGAGCACAUAUCUGGCCAUGCAUGACCCACUUUGGGGGUGUGAAGAGAGAGAACAUGUAAUACCCAGUGCCCACUUUGGGAUAGGUUCUCAAAUUCAAACUGAUUGCCAAAAGAUCGCCUUUCUCGCAGCCUUGAAAAGAAAUGAGUUUGUUUUUUAGGCCGUGAUUAGGGUGAUCGGUUUGUGCCACAAUGGUCAUUUUGCACCCUCAGUCUGGCCAGCCCCACCUACCAAACUGAACCGAAUGGAAUUGAUCAUGCCAAUGGGCACUGGGUAUAACGCGUAACACUGAACUGGACUCUAAUCUCGCUGUUAGUUUUUCGUUAGCAAAACAAUGUUUAAGUUGAUUCUUGAGCUGUUUUCUAGUAUUUUUAAAUCCUACAACAAACAGAAUUUAUGAAUCCCUGUUUUAUUUGCAAGUAUACAAAUGUUGAAGAAUUUGAAAGCAAAAUCGGAGGAGAGAUUAUACAAAGCUACUUCUUUUUAAACAUGAUUUUUGUGGUGAUUGAACUUGAAAGCAGUCAUGGUAGUUCACACUUCACCCACAGGUAGGCCCUAGUCAGACUUAUCAUUCUAGAAUUCUGAAACAAAGCUGCACGAUUUCUAGAUAUUCCAAUACAUGAAUUUCCAGUGCUUUUUGACUUAAAGUUUGAUCAUUGUGAUAGUCAAACAUGAGUGCAUUAAUUAUAGCCUGAACUAAAAAAGUAGAGUAAGCCUACAAAUGAACGUGCUAUGAAUUUUCAGAAAUCUUCAUUGUUGUAAAAAAAAAGAUAUAUCUACCCUACUUUCUUUUAUACGAUAUAUGUGGUAUGAAAAGGAGAUAGGCGUCUGACUUUUACCUUUUUGCCAAGUCUUUUUGUUUUCAGAGCGAAGAUCAGGCAUUCCUGUACACCUUCUUUUUUUUUUUGAACUGAUACUGAGAUACAUUCGACUUUUACAAUGACCAAUUUCAGAUUUUAAACCUGAUGUGUAAAUUUUGGACGAACUAUAACUCAAAGAAAGACACAAAGAAUUCCUCUACCCUGUUAUGUUUAGAUCUAUUGAAUUACUAUGCGUGAUGCAUAUUUGUUUACUUCCAAUUGGACCUUAUUGUAUAUAUUUGGAGCAGAAACAGCGAUGCAUUUUCUUUUUAUCAUGUAUAAAUUUGGUUGAUGAUGUAAAAUGAUUACCUUUGUUGUAUUUUCAUAACACCUUUUUUUCUGUUGCACAAGAUUAGCAAUUGUUAACUUUUAACUGGACAGCUUGCCUCUGGCAGUACUGCAAUAUAUUUUACGAAUUUAUCACGUUGCUUCAUAUUGUGCCUUUAAAGACUCUAUCACCACACCCGAGAGCGAUGUCGAAGAGAAAUUUUGUUAUUUUGAACGUUCUUACACAAAAUUACUAUAUUAAUUUAAUUUUUUUUCAUUUUACCCUUAAAAAAUGACACGUAUAAUGUGCCAUCAUGUCAUAUGUGAGUAAAUUUAUGGUCUUUUUGUAUUUUAGGCUCCAGAUUAUUUUUAUUCUUUCCAAAGAAAAUUAUGUUUCAAGUACAUAUAAAUAGAAAGCAAUGAUGCUCAGAAACUGUGCCCAAUUUUUAGCUGUUCAUUAUAACAAUUUUUGUACAGCGCGCAUAACCUCACACCAAUGUGUCUUAAUUUUUUCCAUCAAUGAAAUCUAAUAAUAUAUAUAUUUUUGAAAAGGACAUAAUAUUUAUAUACAAUUGUUCUUUUGCUCUUCCUCCUUUGUAUAAAGAUUCUGUUACCUUUUGAUGUCCUUUCUUUCCUCCGAGGAAAAGCAGAUGCUGAAAGAGGAGAGUAUGAGGAGUGUAUUAAAUUGAAGUUUUUAUAAAAGAAAUAAAACCUACUCUGGUAGCCUACCUUAAUUCCGACCUUCAGAACCAUGGACAAUUAAAUGUUCUACUGUUAAAGCUUCUUUCUAGAACUGAGUUUUUCACACAUGGAAAAUUUUUUACACUUACUGCUUUUACUCACAGAAUAGAUUUCCUUUGAUAAUGGUAAACACGGACACAUGAGCUACCAUGGAUAGCUUCUGUGGAUUUUGUAUAUAUAUAUGCUUGGUCGCAUUUGAGAUUUUAAAGAAUUUAUUUUUUUUUAAAGGAAAGAAAAUCCAUUUGCUUACACCAGGCGAUGAUAUAUAUGAAUCCUUCUAGUCACUGCUUUAACGUAUUUGUGCCUUAAGAGAUGAUAAUACAAUCUCAGUAAAUAAUUAUAUUCAAGAAAUGUAAUAAAUCUAUAUCACACUGCAUGCCAUGCCAAAACAAAAAGGCAUUAAACAGAGGAUGGAACUAGAUCCUGAAACUCAGUUUCACAACAGUAGUAGAUAUUAUAUGUAUAUUAGUUUAAAGAGUUUGCUGUAUUUUUUCUCAACUGAAAGAAACAGGCCUUGUUUGUAUGUUUGGCAAAAUUGAGAGUAAAAUAUUGUUUUUCCUUAUAUUAUUUGAUAUUUAAAUGAAUAGUCAAAUUGUGAUGUGAACGUUCUUGGAUAUACUAAACUGAUAAACGAUGUUCAACGUUCCUUUUAUGCACAGUCUACAUGGUACAAACUUGGAGUGGGGGUUCCAACUGGGUCAAAGGUAAAAGUUUGUUUUUUUUUUUUUUUGGGGGGGGGGGGGGGUUUAGCUUUAAAGAAGAAAAUUAAGUUUUCAGGCUUUCUUUUCUUUUUACAUUACACAUGCAUGUCAUUCACUUCUCAAGCAAGUCUCUUUGUAUUCGUUGAGCCCUCUACUAGGUAUCAAACAUGUCAUUCCACCCAAGGUGGAGCAUUUUGAAGCCAGUAUGUGUGCACUGUCCACUGCUCAAACACAG